AUGAUGUGGGCAUCGUUGGCUUUUCUUACGACCUUGGUCAUCUCGGCAAAGGGCAAGUAUAUUGUCCCUGGAGGUAGAUGGCAAGACACAAAUGGCUCAUUGAUCAACGCACAUGGGUCUGGAAUCACUUUCGAUCAGGGAUCAGGCCGCUUCUGGUGGUUUGGCGAGUACAAAACAGAAGAUCAGCCGGAAGGCGGAGGCGUAUCCGUCUAUAGUUCCGAAGAUCUGAGCACCUGGACUUCUGGGGGACUGGCAUUAGCUCCAAUUGAGGGACACCAAUAUAUCUCUCCCGGUAACAUUAUUCAGCGACCUAAAGUGGCCUACAGUUCGGAAACAGAGGACUAUCAUAUGUGGUGGCAUGCUGAUAAUUCAACAUACGGGCUUCUUCUGCAAGGCCAUGCGGUGUCUUCCAAGAUCGGCGGGCCAUACAGCUUUGUCGAUGCAACCGCACCCCUUGGAAACUGGUCACAGGAUUUUGGCAUGUUUACUGACUACAAGGACGGCCGAUCCUAUGCUCUAUACUCGAACGGUGAUAGUGUAGAUGGGCGAGAUGUAUACAUCUCAAGCAUGAAUGACAACCUAACGGCACUUGAGAAAACGGUGUAUCGAUUCCCCAAAUUUGAUCUUGAGGCACCUUCUAUCAUGCAGACAGACAAAAGCUACUGGGCAUUCAUGAGCCACAAGACUGGUUAUAGGCCUAACAGUGAGAAGACUCAUGAUAUCCCAUGUUUUACAAAAUACUUAGCUGACGAUGCAGACGUGGUGGCAUUCCGCGCCGAUUCACUGAGCGGUCCCUGGUCCCAGCCGUUCAUUAUUUCAGCAUUGAAUACACGGACUUUCAACUCGCAGUCCGGGUUUACAUUAAGAAUAAAGGGAACAAAAAAGACAACAUACCUCUACAUUGGUGACCAGUGGGACUCGAACUCUGUCUGGGAUAGUCGCUAUAUCUGGUUGCCGAUUCAAGUUGACGAGAAAGGCAAGAGUGUAUCGGUAGAAUGGCACGACGUUUACGAUCUUGACGUGAAAACCGGCGAAUGGAAAGCCAUCAAGGGCAAGACUUAUAGUGCCAAAGAUGCAAAGACGCAAGGUGGGGCUUAUAAGCAGGAGGCUAACUUUGCCACCGACGGAGUCAUCCUCACCGGAAUAUAUGGAAAUGAUAGUACGGUCACGUUCGAGAAUAUUGAGGGCUCUGGCAAACCACAAUGGGUCUCAUUUUACUAUCAAAACACCGACGAUAUGGGCUUUGGUGAUCAACCUGGAGGUACCCCAGACAGAAUCGGCGGUUCGUGGCAGCUGCGUCGGAUUAGCAGCGUGGUGGUUAACGGAGAUUCGACAAACAUCGAGACUCUGUACCAGAGAGACACACACAAGGGGAUUAUUCUCUCCACUCCAAUCCAGUUGACAUUGAAGAAGGGAAAGAACAACAAAAUAACCAUCGGAAGUCUUAACAACGGGUUUGAUAAUAAGGGCGCAGAUCUGGAUCGGAUAGUUGUGUAUCCUGCGGAGGAUUAA